AUGUAUACUUCAUCCUGGACUACAAGAAUUAUGUCAGAGUACGCUAAGGAUGUGAAUGGGGUAGAGCCAAAGGAAACAGAAGCUACAAACCAUUUUAUCACUUCGUCAGACACUAAACACGUUGAGAGUAAAUGGAAACGUAAACUGCUAAAUACUCAGUAUCGCUGUGAUGCGAUUUUUGUUCUUGGUCCAAUGGGAGCAGGAAAAACAACUGUAAUUAACAACGAAUUCAAAACGCAUCCAGUCUUCGGAAACUAUGCUUACGUUGAUACCGAUGAAAUUAUGGGCAUGCUGAAGGGCUUUGAGUCAAACAAAGUUGAAGAAUAUUAUCCUAUUGCACGAAACAUCGCGAUUCAUCUCACUGACUGGAUUUUGGAACAAAAGAUCAGCUUUGUGGCGGAAGGCACCUGUGUGAAAUACAUGGAACUCAUUGACUACAUGCACCGUUUAAAAUCCGUUGGUUAUCAUGUCAGGGUGAAACGCUUACCUCGAGUGCCAUUAGAGACUGUCCUUGAAAGAUCAAAACUAAGAAAAAAUCGAGUCGUUCCUGAUCACGUAGUAAAGUCUAUUUUAGAGGGGUCUAAACUUGGACUGGACGAGUUGUACGAGUUUAACAAGAGAGAGUUUCUCUUCGAGGAUAUGGAUUUACACGAGCGAAAUGAGGAGCUCAGACCUUCAUUUGAAAUGCCCACACCAACCGCCUAA